CUUACAAAUCUGACCCCGCACCUCACCGCGCAUGCGCAGCGGAAGAUGAGAGGUAUAUAAGUAUGCCGGAGAAAGUGGUUGUCACAUCAUCCCUAUUGCAUCUUCAUCCUAAGAUCUCCUAGGAUUGCGCUCAAGGAGUUUCGCCUGUAAGCUUUUCGUAAAGUUCCUAUAACUCUACCUUCUAAAAUGAAAUCCGUAGCAGUUAUCGCUCUCGUCAUUUUGGGACUUGCAGUCGCUCUUCCAAGGAUGAAGCGACAAGCAUUCUUUCUUCCCGACGGAGUGGAGCUUAUCGUAGGACCCAUCAACACCAACUUCAAUUGCGACGGUCUCCGAUAUGGUUAUUACGCUGAUGUUGACAACAACUGCCAAAUCUUCCAUGUGUGCAACCCCGUCACCCAUGCCGACGGCAACCAGGAGACCAUGCAGUACAGCUUCUUCUGCGGCAACCAAACCGUCUUCAACCAACUCACACUCACCUGUGCCUUCCCCGAAGACGCUGUACCUUGCCAGAACGCCCGAGACUUCUAUUACGUCAACGACAACAUUGGAAUUGAAGAUGCCCUCUUCUUGAGAGACGAGGAUGUUGCCAGGGCACAACAGCUCAUCCAGGGAAAGAAAUAAGAACCAGGCCCGAUUCCCCAACCCGAUGAAGAAUGUGACAAAAACUCGGUGCAGGUCUGAUUUUUGUCUACUUUCAACCCGGCUACGAAAGAUCUCAGCAUGAUGAUGUCUAACAAGGACUUUUUCAAGCGCUGCCAUUCCUUAGACCAAGCUGUGGCAAUUAAAAAUAUCUUUAAGUAAAGAAGCGCUUAAACUGUAGAUAUAGGUUUUCGCAACAGACCUCAAAGUAACUGCUGUUCUGUCUGCUCUCUCUUUCUGUCUACUGGUACACGAAGGUUGGGACCUCGUCUUUAAUAGUGUACGUUUUUCUGCCCUUCCCUUCUGUGUUUUAUGGAAACAGGUCUCUCUUGACUUUUGCUCUUCUUGAGCACUGUCUUUUUCAUGGUGUAAGUGUUUAUUUAUGCUUUAAUUCUCACACUGAAACGCACACAGAUUCAGAUAUUUCCUGCCCAUGUCGUUCGACCUUCCCACCAACAUCAAAUUCUUUUUUUUUCCUUUUUUUGACCAAUUAAUCUUCUUUCUUAACUUGUUCUUCAGUGAGAACCCAUCUCUCACCUGAAAUUGACUUUUCUUGCGACAAUCCGUACCUACUUAGUUCUGUGCCAGUUGAAUUUUUUUUAUAUGUAAUCGUAAUUGCUCUUUUGCAUUUGCAGCCGUUUUCCUAGUCUUUGCCAAAUAUGUGUUUCAGCCUUUUCGAGUGACGGGGCUCGUCAAAAACAAAAUAUAAUUUAUCUUCUUCUAAUUUUAUUCUUUCGAUACUAAUAUGGGACAUCUACGGUUAGAUGACUCCGGCGCAUCUUCUCUCUUUCUGAGAAAGAGGAAGGAUUUCGCAGUCAGAGUUUCUUUUCUGUCAGUGUUUCGUGGUUGUGGUUUGGUACAAGCCGAUCUAGCAUGGAGGGUCCAAACCUUUUACUUCUUGACGUAUCUCUGCUUCCUGGUGCGGGUGUAUGUUCAACAGGUCGCGAUAGUCUAUAUUUCCUGGAAGCCCCUAUGUAUAUAUACGUACAUUUUGUAGUAUAAAACUUUUGUAAAUGUUAUAUAUAUAUUAUUGUGAUAAAUAAAGCAAGCAUUUUGAAAGAAA